AUGAGCCUCUCCGGUGUGCUGCCCAUGGAGCUGCUGCUGGAGAAGGAAGGUCUGGCAGUCCAUCAGAUAAUCACCAUCACAGUGUCACUCAUCAUGGUCAUCGCUGCUCUGAUAACGACUCUUGUCUUAAAGAAUUGCUGCGUGCAGAGCGGGAACACGAGGCGCAACAGCCACCAGCGCAAGAUCAAUCAGCAGGAGGAGAGCUGCCAGAACCUGACGGACUUCACCCCCGCACGGGUGCCCAGCAGCCUGGACAUCUUCACGGCCUACAACGAGACGCUGCAGUGCUCCCACGAGUGCGUGCGGACGCCGGUGCCGCUCUACACGGAGGAGGCGCUGCACUCACCCGGCGAUUACAAAGCGGCUUUCAACGGGAACAGACCCUCCUCUUCUGAUCGGCACCUUAUUCCUGUGGCCUUCGUGUCUGAGAAAUGGUUUGAAAUCUCCUGCUGACUGGCCGAAGCCUGUUCGACCUCGCGGGGGCAGGACAGACACCGUGCGGCUCUU